AUGAAAAUACACGCCUUCUCGCGGGUUAUACCCCUCUUGCUCCUCCCUCUUGCCCUUGCGCAGUCUACUCUAUCGGGUAGCACGAGACCAAGCGUUAGCAGCAGCGGCUCUGGGAGCUCCAGUUCCAAGCCCAGCUCUAGUCCUUCAAGUGGAGGUGGAAGCGGCGGCGGCGGCGGCGGCGGAAGUGCUAGUGGAAGCGAAACUGGCAGCAUUGGCAGUGUGGGUGGCCCAUCUCUCACUUAUGCCAGUGAUAUUAUAGUCCCGGCCACCCCACCAGUACGCAGUGCCACGUUUGAAAGCCAUGAAAGCCAUGGUGCCUUUAGUGGUGUUGCCAGUGUUACUGGAGCUCUUACAGGAACAAAAGUACUAGCAACCGCGCUUUCCGGCCAACCCGCACCGACUAAGGCAACGAGCUAUUCAUCUGACGGUGAGCUGCACGGAGCGCAGCCUGCACCUUACUUUCCUGCGGGCGGGUUAGGAACCAAUGGAACCGCACCAGUAUAUAAUGUGCGAAGCGAUUAUGACUAUCAAUCUAUUGCCCUAGCUCUACACUGGGAAUGGAUGAAAUACGACCUCUUCCAAACGGGCGCCUCGCAGUUCAAACCCAAAGACUUCCAAGCCAUUGGCCUAACCCAGUCAGACUAUAACCUGAUCUCGUUCAUGGCUAACCAAUCCCAGGGCCAUGUUACUCUACUCAGUAACAUCCUCGGUGAAUCGGCCCCUGAGCCAUGCACGUACAAUUACCCUUUCAAAACGGCCUAUGAGUUCCUUGAUUUCAGCCAAAAGAUAACUGCCGUCGCCCAGUCUACCGUUUACAACUUCCUCCCGCACCUAGACUCCCGUGAAACAGCAAUGCUGGUCCUACAGUUAGUUGCGACUACUGCGCGUCAACACAUGGUAUUCCGCCAGUUUGAGGCUCUGCAGCCUAUGCCCUUGUGGUUUGAGGCGGGUGUUCCUCAGUCAUGGGGAUGGAGCUUAUUAGCGCCGUUCAUUAGCUCAUGCCCCGGCAAUGACAGACUUGUAUGGAGAAACUUCCCCGCCUUGCAAGUUAUGGAUGGACCCAAUUCAGCAAGGAAGGAUGGAUCAGGGAUGAACGAGACUAUGGGCGGCGGUCUCGGGGUGGUAAACUCAACCGCUAUUCCGGCCGGAAAGUCGUGCUUUGGUUCUACUUCCGGUAGUAGUUCUAGUUCCAGCGGCAGCAAGAAGGCACCCCGAGGCCGUUUUAGCCCUCAGUACGAGAAUGUCGCAGCUACAAAUACGACCGGUGGCAGUGGGGGAGGCGGCACCUCUACUUCUGGCGGCGGGGCUAAGCCUUCAGGAACUGGUGGAAGUGGAAGUGGAAGCAGCGGUAGCCUUAGCGCCGAAUGCAUGCCCGGUAUCGCAUCUAAUCGCUCCAAACCCAUUAGCAAGCCGGGCCGCGAGAUUCUCCUUCAAUGGGAAUCGGCUGGUCGGCUCGUCGGUCCGAAUAAUAGCUACGUUACCAGUUCUCAGGCAAAAAAACCUGCGUUUGUCGCUUGGAUCACACAGUUAAAUGUUACUUAUACUCCGCUAAAAGUGACGAGUAAUGGCGGUAAUGGUGGGAAAGGAGGAGGCUCUGGCGGUAGCAAUGCUACAAGAUCUUCGAGUGGCACUAAGCCCACCGGUGGUGUCGGAGGUGGUGGUCCGUCGAAUAGCAAAAACACAAUCAGAAGGGCUCAGCCUACUGGGAAUGGAGGAUCUUCUAGCAGUACUGGGCCAUCAGGUGGCGGUGGUGGUCGUUCGUCAAACGGCACCGCUGGAGGCAUGUCCACCGGUAUGACUGUGCAGCCGGAUCUGUCCACAUUUGCAGGAGACCCAGCCGUUAACGGGACCGUAUUCAUUGCUAUUACGGAUCAGGAUUUGUUCUUAUCCCCGUUCAACUUGAGUCUGAUCGAUUCACAUGUGGUUGCAGGACCUGCUCUUUACCAGGCGGGCUGA